UUAUUUGAAACUACAGGAGAGUUGUAGAUCAAUAUAAUUCAAUGUAUUACUUAUUUACUGUUUGUUACUGCGCCAGUAACGAGAUAACGAUGCCAAUUAUAUAUGGCAGCAUUAUCUAGCUGAAUCUAAAUUUGGCGAUACUAUAGUCAGGUAGACUGGCCAAUCAUUUAAACUUCGUAGGAUUGUUUGUGGCUAGUUCCAUAUGAGUUUACUCGUUGUUUUAAUUAUUUAAAUGAUUAUUGUUCACUUUCUCCGACUCGUACACGUUAAAUUUGUUUGCAACUUUGAACGUGCGUUCAUCGGCAUGUUAUAAAUCGAAACGUGUAACUUAAAAGUUCUAUGUCUAAUCAAAUGGUUUGUGAUCCCCUGAUGAUUAACUCGAACAACUUCUGUUCUCGAUAUGGUAGCUAACGAAAUUUCACGGGCAGCAUAAUUGUGACGGAACAAAAACUGACGGAACAUUUUGACAAAGUAUUAUAGAUAUUUGAUGCUUUUUUUGUUGUUGAUGAUUUUAGAUAACCCUAUAACAGACACUACUGUCCCAGCCACGACUUGGGUUGACGCGGAGGAACUGUCUGCUCCAAUCAUAAGCUAGUAGGGCGAGGCUGACCCACUUGCCGGAAGUGCGCUGGUUUGUUUUUCAGAUAGCUACUGCUAAUUUUCUAGCUAGUACACAUCAGAAGAUGUUCGUGAACAUGUAAUUGUAUGUUUCGCUGAGUGGAAAUUCCAGUUAAUCGAUACAGCGGUAAGGUAGACACAUGGAUGGUCUUUGGCUUGUAGAUUUCAGGCAGUAAAGAUGGGGUCUCGCGGCGUGUUCUCGCGCGGAUCCCUGGGAUGGAGUGGAUUUGGGAACAUCAGCUGUCCAAACGGGUCACAGUGGGUGAUGGACGGACUCCGGGAGUGUGCGCAGGACGCCCGCGACAUGGCCAGUGUUAUUAUGGGCCUGGUAUCGAUCCUCUGCUUCAUGGUGUCUUCAAUGCCGCAAUACUACAGCUCCUGUCGUAGUGGGAACAUGGACAGAGCUCUGUCUAUUUGGUUCCUCCUCCUUUGGCUGGGAGGUGACUCCUGCAACUUUGUGGGCUCCUUCUUAGCUGACCAACUGCCACUGCAGAUUUAUACUGCUAUUUACUAUGUUCUGGCUGACCUACUGAUGCUGGGAAUGUACUCAUACUACGUUGUUAAGAAUAGGAGGUUUAACAGCAGCACUGUGGUGAAUGCCGUGGGUUUGGUCUAUCUGGCCGGGGCCGCCACCUCGCUCGCUGCUCUUCCUAAGGCCGGGCCUCAGGUUGACGUCAUGGAUCAGAAGUUCAAUGGUCGGGCUUUGCUGUCUGUUCUCGAAGAUGACGGCUCGCCAGAGAACUUCACGACCAAGGAAAUUAUCGGCUUCACGAUCGGCUCCGUGUCCUCCCUGCUCUACCUCUGCUCCAGACUGCCGCAGAUCUACACUAACUAUGUCAGGAAGUCAACGGAGGGUCUGUCCUACUUCCUGUUUGCCCUGGUGAUCCUUGGCAACUCCCUGUAUGGCCUGAGCGUGCUGCUGAAGAACCCGGAGUACGGCCAGCCCGAGGGGAACUACGUCCUCCACCACCUGCCCUGGCUCAUCGGGAGCCUGGGGACCCUCACCCUGGAUCUUGUGAUCUCCAUGCAGUUCCUGAGAUAUCGCAAACCUUCCCAGGAGUACGGCAUUCUGGACGAGGCCACCGCCCUGCUGGGUGCCUGAGGAACUGCAACCCGAUGUGCUUCACCACAGAUCUGCAGAUCACUGCGGCAGACGGGACCCUGUCCUGGCCAAAUGCGUACGCUCGAGGUGGAAACACGCACACAACUGGUCUCUACUACAGAUUCCCAUCUCUCCAGAGAAAUCAUAAGGACUGGUAUUCUUUUUUUCUUUUUUUUAAAAUAUUGUUUUAAUUUAUUUAUUUUAUUUUUCUUUUAAUUUUUUUUACCUUUGUUGGACAAAUUGAAUUUGAUAAAUAUACAGCAUUACAGACUGCGAGAGAUGUUUUGCUUGGACUGCACAGAACCGUAAUGAAGUAUUCUUAGCCUCUUGUGUUUAAAAGGGAGUCAUUCACAUUUAUUUUCCAAAUUAUGAAUUGGCAAUAUCAAAGGGAACAACAAUGCUUGAGUGAUAAUAUUGGCUGCAACACUACAGACUGUAGUUUGAGGCGGAUAUGAGUAUUGUAUUUUUCAUGUUUUUCUGAAUCCAUUCAUGUGAAGUUUAUUUUUAUUUUUAUGCUUAGCCCCUUAUGGGUGGAUGUGACCAGCACGUUGCAGUUCCCUUAGCAGACAGAUGUGACCUGCACCUUACGUCUCCCUUAACGGGCAGAUGCGAAGCCAGCGUUGUAUUUGAUAAUGUGACCCUUUGCAAGACACACGACCGUUGAAAUGCAUUGUGAUUCCUGGGUCUUUCUAUGGGGUUUUCCAUAGUGUGUCUCAGUCCAGAAUGGGUUUAGUCAAACCAUUGUCUUGGGUAUUUCAACAGGGGCUACACAUGCUGCCUGAUAUAUUGUAGCUGUAACUUUCAUUGUUGUCAUAAUGAUUGUUGUUGUACGUAUCGGUCGGUAUGUGGAAUUUUUAGACAUAUUUAAAAUUUUACAGCAGUAAUGUCAAAUGUCAAAACAAUUUUGUACACAAAAUUAUUUAACUUCAUGGAUUUUCCUCAAAUUAUUUGAAAUUCUUUGUUGAAUUCCCUUUUGGCUUCAGUUGAUUUUUUUUG